AUGUCGCGUUCCAUGCGACCGCUUCUCCACUACGCACAGGAUGAAGAUGGUCGGAAAACGGACGACUCAGUGGUAUAUCAAGGUGGCAGUGAUUUCAAAUACCAGUAUGAUAAAACGAACGAAGCUGGCAAUGGAGCAUUCGGUACCGUCUACAAAGGCACGGUUACUGCGAAAGGGACGUCGGAUGAUGGCGUGCUGAUUGGGGAUUCAGUCGCAGUUAAGGUGGCAGGCCUCAGCGAGCGCGACGGUGCAACAUUGGCUAGCGAUAUGGAGCGUUUCAACAAACUGCUGCAAAUGGACCAUUCAAACGUAGUCCGAUACAUGUGUAUCGCAGCGAAGCAGUCGGGAGAACAGCUAUCCGUGGAAAUUGUGAUGCCGCUGUACGAUGGUGGCGACCUGGCUAAAAAAAUGAAAAAACUGGAGAAGCCUGGUUCCAUUCUUGACAAGAAGAUUUUGCGUGGUUAUCUGCGAGAUCUCGCGGAGGGUCUUUGUUACGUACAUGGGCAGCAUUUCAUCCACACCGAUAUUAAACCAGCUAAUGUCUUCAUUCAGUUGGCCCAUAAAGGGCGGGAAAGCCUAGUAAUUGGCGACAUGGACGACGCCGCUUAUGCUGACGACACCAAGGAGGCCAUUGAAAUCGGUUCACGAAUGGGCACGCUUCUCUAUGCCAGUCCAGAGAUUCUGCGUCCACUGUUUAAGUUAUCGGUUGAGGAUGAUGGUAUUGAGUCAGAAAGACCGGAUCAGAAAACAGAUAUCUAUAGUCUUGGAUGCUUGUAUCUGCGAUUAUCCGCCCUGUUUUUUGGGAAUCCCCCGGAACUGCUGGGAAACGCUGCCGGUCGAAGCAAAUUAGCAAAAGGACUGCUAGACCGUACCCACGCUUCCAAGGUUGCGGAGGGGUAUAUACCUCUUGUUCCCGAGUCGAUGCCGACGUAUAUUCAAGACCUUCUUCGUAAAUGUCUCCUCUUAGAUGCGGACAAGCGAGCGACCGCGCAAGAGCUAGUCACCAUGCUCUCGCCGAAUGAUAUCAGCACCGAUUAG